AUGGAAUGGUUAGACUGGACAGCGGCAGAAUCGAUUGAGAUCAGAAACCUACAUUCCCUUGUGGCUGACUUGGGAGAAUGUCAGCUAUCUAUGAAAAGGGAAUUGAAGGAUGAUAUGAACGACAUUAAGACAACACUACAUUCGUUAUGGGACCUGCUGAUUGGGAGGUCAGAUCAGAACUGUGAAAAUGGCAGGGGGAAGAAGAAUGACGAUGUGGUUGAAGUUUUGAACAUAAGUUCUGAUAGCUCCUCAUUGGCAACAAGGAGUAAAAAUAAUGCGACAAACACAGCAUCAAGGAGAAAGGGGAAAGGUUUUAUGAGGUCUCCAAUUAAGUUGCGGAGUCCUAUUAGGACCCGUCAAUAUACGGAGAGGAGAGACGGCAAAACGCAGGUGGUUGGCCUCUUCAUCACUACGAAGGCCCUAUCAGAAAUAGAUCAGAAGUUGAUCAACCACGUUUUUUAUCCGACAAAUAAUGCAAGUGAGGUGUUUGUCAAAUCUUCCGUGUUUCAUUUGAAUCGUGAAGAGUUUAUGUCUUACAGCCAGAAAUACCAUUGUCAACCAAGGUCAUCACUAUUUGCGUUGACCUGUUAA